AUGGAAUGUCUAAGUGCGGAAAAAGCCCUGUCUGAAGAAAAAGAAGAGAAGAAGAAGAAAUACAAGUCAGACAUUGUACUGCAUCGGAAUAACAUAAAGCGCAAAACCAUAGUUCACUGUGAAUUUGAUAUAGCUAUUAUCAUACGGUUUAUAUCAAAUCAAUACGUGUGUCCUCGAAAGAUUUUGGGUUUGAUAGGGCCAACAGUGCGACCGGAAACAAACGAUUCUUACGUAAUCAAAUACUCCCCACAUCCAAACGGGCGU